CAAGAAAAAUGGAAGGCCAAGGUCCAAACAAAUAUCCAGGCCAAGCUCAGAUGAGGAGGGAAUGGGAUGACACUCAAAACCAGCAAUCGGACAGCCAAAGCACCAACUUUCUUCAAGAGACUGGAUCGUCGGUAAAGAACAUAGCACAAGGAGCGGCGGAUGUGGGAAAGGGAGCGGCGCAAGGGGCGGUCAGCCUGGCCAAAGGGGCGGCACUAGGGGCGGCAAACAUAGCACAAGGCGCAGCCGAUGCCGUCAAGAACACUCUUGGAAUCAACCAACCAGCUGAUCACAACAACAACAAUAUGAUCAACACCACCGGCGGCCACCACUCCACGGCCGCAGCCGCCAUGAACUUUCCUGGAAGCACCACCAAUAUGGGCGGCGCUACCCGCGCAAGCAACGCGGAUAUCGAUUUGGAGGGGUUGACGUAUCCGAGCAGCACCACCCACAAUCCAAGCAACCCUAAUACCAGGAUUUGAAAAUCAUGAUUUCGGCCUUAAAUAUUUUUUGCUUUCGUGCAAUGAAUUUUCUUUUUUGUUUGAAAUAAUUGUUUUCUUAUUGUU